AUGCCAAUUGGCUAUAAAUAUAGGGUAAGUCAAGACUCGAACACCACCCAUCUUAAAUGUCUCUGCAAUCAUUUAACAUCUUUUGGUGGAAACUUCAUCCAAGCACCAAACCCAAUUGACUUCGACAAAGUUUUUGCUGAGUUUUCAAACCUUGCUGAAAGUGGCAAUAUUUCAGUACUUGUGACAAUUGCCAGUUUUUUCCUUCUGUACUUCGUUGUCUUAAUCCUCGCAAGGAGGGCCGACAAGAGAGAUGUAGAUAAGAUUUGCCCUCCUAAAUUGAUACCGCUUGUGAGGGAAGGAGCCUAUUAUUACGAUAUGGUUAUAAGCACGGGCGUUUGGAAACAUUCAGCAACAACAGCUAACAUAACCAUCAGUAUCAAGGGCGAAAAUUAUGGGCAUAGUCAAAUUCUAUUGAACGAGAAAGGGGAGACGAGUGAGCUUUUCGAACGAGGGAGUAUCAACGGCUUUGUUCUCGAGAUGAAAGAAUCCAUUGGCCCUUUAAAAGAAAUUACUUUGGAUCACGAUAAUUCGGGUAACAAUCCGUCUUGGUUUGUGGAAACCGUAGUUAUCCAAGAUCGUCAGACCGAAGAAAGAUGGGUUUUCCCCAUCAAUAGAUGGCUUGCGUUGGAAAAAGACGACGGCCAAAUAGAGGUAACUGUGGAUAGCAAAUCUUACUCUGCCUUCUCAGCUCAGGUUCGCUCGCGCUUGGCCAGAAAACUUGCCGACAGUCACUUGUGGAUGUCAGUGUUUGGGAAAGCAUGUAGCAGUACCUUUACACGUGUGCAAAGAGCUUCAUGCUGCCUUUCAGUUCUGUUUAGUGCCAUGAUAGCAAAUGCCAUGUUCUAUAACAUUGGUGGCGAAUCUGAUGGUGCUAUACAGGUUGGGCCUUUUAAGUUUUCCUGGACACAGAUAGUCAUCGGAGUACAAAGUGGCAUUAUCAUUGCACCAGUAAACAUAAUAAUUGCCUUCUUGUUUAAGUCUAGUAGACCGAGGAAGAAAAGGAGCGAGAAAUACCAAAGUACAGACGGGGCCCAACGACUUUUGGAUGAAAUGACGGACAGUGGUUGUAUGCUUCCUCAUUUCUUUGUUUAUUUGAGCUGGUUUCUCUGCUUCUGUACGACAAUGACUGUUGAUGGUGAUUAUAUUCAUGAAUGGGAUGGCUUUGUUCCCAUCAUUGCUAUUUCUGCUUGGAUGAAGAUGAAUGUCAGGAUCAGAAACACAACUGUGACGCGAAUGCUCAGUGUAACAUUACUUUUGGCUAAUAUAACUGCACUUGCCUCAAUGGAUAUCGACGAAUGUACUACAAAUGUGCACAACUGCGACCCAUUGGCUGUUUGUAACAACACUGUUGGAUGUUUUCACUGCACAUGUAUGUCAGGGUAUGAAGGAGAUGCGUUGUACAACUCCUAUGAAGGGGGUGGUUAUGCAGCAGUCAUGGGAUACGAUGGAAGCACUGCAAAAGGCGUCCUUAACGAGACUGUUACUAAUGGAUGGCUUGGUCGCCGAACUCGAGUUGUAAUUCUAGAGUUUGCUGUUUUCAAUGUCAAUACCAUCUUGAUUAGCGUUGCCACAUAUUUUUACGCGGCCAUAUAUACUGGUGCAGCCUACACUAAAAGGAGAAUUGAAACACUGGAGUUGUACAGCACUGAGUCAGGAGCUCUGAUGUUUUCCUUAAUUGGCCAGUUUCUGUUCAUGGCUAUGGUCCUCUUUUACUUCAUAGUUAUUUAUAAAAUAUUUGGCAGUGUUCAAAAGCUAUUUCGCAUGGUAGGGGAUGCACACGGUUUAGGAGCAUGGUUAAAGAACGAAUUCAUAUUAAACAUCUAUAACCAGGCGUGGUACAACGGACUUGAAGAGAAAAACGAUGUGUACAUCGGGAACAAGAUGUCGAUAUUAGUGGGAAUGCCCUGGUUGCGACAGCUCAGAAUUAAAAAAAGUAAACUUUGGUCAGAACAUAUAAUUUUUAUAAACAAACAGGUUAUCAAAAAGGACCGUUUGAACUUGACGAUGGACAAUGGAGCUCCUAACUUGCAAACUCGGGCUGUAAUUCUAGAGUUUUCUGUUUUCAAUGUCAAUACAAACUUGAUUAGCGUUGCAACAUACUUUUACGAGGCCUUAGCUACUGGUGCAGCCUACACUACGAGGAGAAUUGAAACACUCGAGUUGUACAGCACUGAGUCAGGAGCUCUGAUGUUUUUCUUAAUUGGCCAGUUUCUGUUCAUGGCAAUGGUCCUCUUUUACUUCAUAGUUAUGUUGGUUCACCUUUAUCAACAACGCCUAGGAUUCUUUAAGUCUGUUUGGAACAUGGUGGAUUUCUUCAUGAUAAUUUUCUCUGUAGCCUCUGUAGCAUUUUACAUGAUAAGAGCUAAAAGCGUUUUGAACACUGUCAAAUCUAUUCGAGCCAAUCCAUAUGAAAUCGUGCAUUUCCACACAGCCUUGGAUUGGCUUAACCUUGAAAAUGCGUCUAUUGCUGUCGCUGUUUUCAUGGUGACGGUCAAGCUUUUGAAUCUAAUUCGUUUUAACCCACAUGUAAUAUACUUGUUUUCGUCUUUUCGGCAAUCUAUAGGCUGUCAACUCUCGUAUGUGCUCCUUUUUAUGAUCGUGUUUAAUGCAUUUGUUGUGACAGGUAUGAUAUUUUUCGGUGGUGUAGUAUUAGAGUAUUCUAGUUACCUCAAUGCAGUCAUGUCGCAAUUCGAAUUCCUGUUAGGAAAAGCAAUCCCAAUGGACGCUCUUCGAAGGGACAAACCCUUCAUUGGUCCGACGUUUGUGUUUUUGUUUUGUAUAUUCACAAGUAUAUUUCUUAUGAAUAUUCUGAUUUCUAUCCUUAACGAAUCAUACGGUGACGCAAAAUCAAACGCAGAGGAAAAUGCAAAAGAGCUUGAGAUGGCACGUUUUAUUGAGGAGCGUUUAAUGGAAAAUUUCCACGAGGGAAUUAAUCGGACUGAGUUUAAAUUGUUUUGCGAUGAGACAAUAUUGGUCAACAUGUGCCUUUCUGAAGCUGAGCCAUUUUGUUUGAAUUCUGAAUGUAUCAUCCAAUGUACAGAGGAGCGAAUGCUAAAAGUGGAAAAAAGACUUACUGUUCUCACUCGGCGAACAGAGUACAUGGAGGCUGAUUAUUUGAGAGAGGAAAAUGAUUUUACUGACCUCUUGUUAUUAAUGAUAAAUCCUUCUAUGCAUGAUCAGGAAAAGAAAUCAAAAGAUCAUAUCUGA